GUGAUCGUAAGCUUGCCGCCCAGCUGUAGCCCGCUGAUUUUAAGCAGGAUAAACGAAGGAACCUUUGUUGAUUGUAGCCGUCGUUCUUUCGUUGAAUUUUGCGCGCUAUUCCUGUAGCAAAAAAUAAAUACUGAUUGUGUGAAUCGGCGGCAGCGCUUCUUAGCAUGAAGGAUGGCGCUCUGAAUAACAACACGCAAAAGCAACUGGCAGUGAUGUCUAGGCCACCUCGUAUAAGGAAGAGAAAUAGGAGGAUAUUCAAUGACUUCGAGGACACAUCGUACACGCUAUCGAGAUCUUCAGCGCGGAAAUCGGCACGCAUCGCGUCGCCGAUUUCGCAGAAGACAGACGAUCCGGAAUGGACACCGGACAAGCGGACGGGUAACCGCAGCAUUAAAAAAGAGCCGCUUCUCUUCUGCUUUUCCCCACCUCCUGUUUCGAUGCCAGACAAGCGAGUAAUCCAGAAAGUGGGCAUACGCCUGCGGAACCUCCUGAAACUUCCAAAGGCCCACAGAUGGGUCUGCUACGAAUGGUUCUACUCAAACAUUGAUCAGCCACUCUUCAUGGGAGACAACGAGUUUUGUGGUUACCUGAAGCAGUCAUUUCCUUUGCUCAAGACGAGAAAGUUGACGAGGGUCCAGUGGUGCAAGAUCCGUCGAAUCAUGGGCAAGCCUCGGAGGUGCUCGCCAGCCUUUUUCGACGAAGAAAUCCGAGCACUUCACGAGCGGAGAAACAACAUUCGUCAGGUGCAGCAGCGGAGAACAGUGUCCAUGGAGAACUACACCAGCCUUCCCGAUGACAUUCCGCUGCCACUGGUGAUUGGGACCAAAGUGACUGCUCGCUUAAGAAAACCACAAGAUGGGCUUUUUGAAGGCUCUAUCGAUGCCGUUGACACACAGACAGCAACGUACCGCACCAAGUUCGACCGGUCAGGCCUUGGCACGCAUUCAGUCCCUGACUAUGAAGUCCUGAGCCUAGACCCUCCUGAAACGAUGCCCAAGUCAUCCUUUCUACAAAGGCAACGGCCUAGGCAAGUGUUCUACCUGAGCCCUCCAAGGACGUUGUAUGGCCAUGGACCCCAGCUCGAUAAUGAUCCACUCCUAGGUGCCUCUCCACUACGUUCUGGGCUCCAGUCCGUCGAUGAAACAUCCACUGUUGGUGGGUUCCCUGUCGAGUUUCUAACACUUAUGGUCCAGCUAUCCAAGAUCCUUACUGUAAAGAAGCAGAAAAUUGAGAAGUUACGAGACAUGAACACACAGGCAGAGAAGAUGACGUCGUAUGGGCAGGUGAUCGAGCCUGAGUUUAAGAAGCGGUAUGCAGCCCUCAUCAUGGAGUUUGAGGCACUCAACAAAGAUCUGGAGGAAUCUCUGGAAGGCAUCAUGACCUACUGUGAAAGGCUGGCCCCCGAGCAGGGCCUGCAGUUCGACAUGCAGCCGCAGGCGAUCCGCAGCAAGUGCCUUAAUGAGGCCCGUGAACUGAUGCAGCAAUGUGCUGCCCCAGGAGGCAGCAUGGCGGCUACCCUGUCGGCCUCCUCCUCCUCCUCUAACGCUUCCCCUUCAUCACAAUCAGAGGGAAGCGUGGCACAGCAAGCACUAGACCUGGUAGCCAAGCUCACCUCCCUCAUGCUGCAGGUCAAGAACCUUUCCCAAGGGGACCUGAACUCGUUUGAGUUAAAGUCACUCAGUGAAGCCAUGGUGGACGUUCAGAACAGUGUGAGCCAAAGUAACGUCGGACUUUUUCAGAACAAAGUUCAAAUACACAUCAACCACAUCCAGAACGGUCUGAGCCAGCUGGGAAACCUGCACGCGUUUACAUCAUCAUCCCACAACAUCUCCGUCUAAUCCCAUCCUCCAUCCCAGCUGUACUUUUUGCCUAACCAGCUUCUGCUUCAACGGUUGCACUCAGUAUGGAUUCGUCACCUUUACGUGCUCACAGCCAUUAGGUUUUGUUUUUAUUGUUUGACUUCUGGCGAAUGCCCUCUUCGGGUUGCAGACGCUUUGAGAAUUGUGUGUUACAAGGAAACCCUGAAGACGCUGCAUGGUCCCCAACGUUGUCACCAGCGCUGGAUCACUUGUAACUGAGGGGUUUAUUGAAUGCGUGUUCGCUGUAAUUAGAUGGCAAUGUUAUUUGAUGUGUGUCUCUUUCAGCGCCAGUGCAUUGAUAUUGUUUGUCACUUUAAUGCAGAUGUACUUUUGAAGCCUUGUAGUUAUCGUGGUGCUGUUCACAAACGGCAUAUAGAACGACACGAGAUUUGACAAGUGAUGGCACGGACAUAUGAAUCGUUCUUGUGGUUUGUGCUGCCUUAUUUUUUUCCUCUUUCUUUCUUAGGUUGUACAGGCAUCAGCUCAGUGGUCACAACUGCUGUGCUCGCACUUUUUGUGGAAAUAAAAUGCCCUAAGUUAACUUGUGAUUAUGCUGUAACAUAACAAUUCAUGCCAAGUUGGUGCUUCCUUUCAACUGGCUUCACCGUGUAUAUAUAUUAUAUACUAUACAGAGAGCCUUGCCUAACAGCACUCCUAGGGCAACUACAAAGUCAUUGUCAAUAACCUGCGUGCAAGCUUUUGUCAUCUCAGUACGGCCGCAGCCGCUAUCGGCUGCAGCACACUUGUUGCAACUUCAGUGCAUGCGAUUUUGCUGUUCGUUAUAGAGCCGUGGAAAGCGGUGUGCUGUGCAUGUCAGAUGGGGAAGAUUGUAAAAUCCAUGCUCGGGGCUGCCAAGGAGUUUGCAUUACACUUUGGUAUGCCUGUCACUUCGCUGGGGAGGUAGCGACGGCUUUUUGGCGUCCAUGCAUAUAUGCUUCCUAGGGUUUUGGCGGGGGGUGGGGGGGGCAUGUAAAUAAUGCAGAUUUGUUUGGGCAUGCCAUGUCCCCUCGAAGCCCUGGUAUGGGGAGACUCCACAAGCUGUGUAUUAGGGUUUUUGUUGUGAAAGCAUAAAAAAAAAUUGGGAAAUGGUUCAUCUUAAGGCUGGUGCGGAGGCAGGCGAGUUCUUGAAAUUUGUUUCUCUCCUUUUUAUGUAGAAAAAACUUCUGCUUACUACAGUUUAUCUAAAUCAUGUCAUGAUGACCCACUAUUUCACCUGCAAAGCAGCGUACAUUUUAUAAGCAUUAAUCAUGGAAGAGCAGCUAGUAGAAACAUAAGUUAGCAUGUAGCCACCACUUGGUACUACGUGGUUAGGAUGUGGAUGUUGCGCUCGUGUCGGCAAGCAUGUGAUUGGGAACGUCAUCAGGUCUGUGUUGCUCUUUGAGAACCGAGAAGUCAUUCAGAGUUCCACUUAGAUUGUUUGAGGCCACUGCAACAUAGGUUGCCAAAAUUUACUCUUGUUUAGUACACAGAAAGGCUUGCUUUAUUAAACGGUGCCCUUCAAAAUAAAACCAUCAAGCUAAAGAAUUUUUUUUUCCUAUCGUGUCCUUUCAUUUGUGUGUGUAUUGUGCACUUUGCGGGCUUGGGCCUCGGCAGACUGAAUUUCUCGAUCUCGUAAACCUGCUGCAGCACUAUUGUCUUCAUUUGGUGAUAAGGAUGUAUUGAAAAAAAGGAACUUUCCAUUUUUGUUUCAAAACUGUCCUAAUUGUUCUGAAAAGAAAAGGUAGACAAUUUAAAACAUUGUGCAAACAGGCCUUGGUUUUUAGAAGUGGAUAGAAAAAAGUGCAGCAGAUCCAACGAGUUGGAAUCUAUAUGCAGAGAAGCUUUGUGCAGGUGUAUAGAGUCGAAAUGCAAGUUUGUGUGUAUUGAAUGUCCGCACAAAGUGUCACGAAAGGCUUUAUUCACUCGGGCAUUGUGGAGGGCUAAUGCUGCUGCAGAAGCGUGAAGGUGAGCGCCUUGUGGUGGUGAUCCAAUGGUUGACGAUAAAGAUCGCGAGGCGUCCUGGGCGUUUUCCUCCCCCCCCCCCCCCCCCCCCCCUGCACGACUGCUGCUGCGGAGGUGAGUGCCACUUGGUUGUGGCGUAAGGAACUCGGCAGCCAGAGGCGGUGAUGUGACGCGUACCCUCAGCUUUGUUGGGUUGGCCCAUUCGGUGACAGAGCAGCCAUGCAGCGCCGAUGGUCAUGCGAACCCGGCGCAGUUCACAAAGAAAAGCUUCGCUUUUAAAGCAACUCUAAUUAUUGUAUGGUUUUUAUUGUAAUAGAGUCAGUUUUGACUGGGUCUCCCUAGCCUCCAAGAGAGAACGGAUGCUGAAGGGAGCUUUUGAAAGAGCUUUUGACCAGUCCUCUCUGUAAGAGGCCUUUUGGAAUUGCAUGUUUUUAUGUGCAAAUUUAUUGUUUGUUGCAAUAAGUCUAUUUAUUUUGUGGAAAAGCCUUUAGUAAAACCAACUGCCGCAAUCAUGUGAGUCAGCAGUGAAUGUUUCAUCCUCCAUUUUUUUAGUGUGUGUGUGUUCGGUUUGUCUUUUCUUGAGUUUGUAGAUUUGGCGGCGUGGCUUGGUGUGGCAUACUAAUGGAUGCUUGUAAGAGGGGACAAAGUGUGGUGGACAUUUUUCUUGUCAUUUCUUUUCCUCUCUCACAUAUUGCGGGUGAGAAUUUUAAAUAAAGCGAUUGAGCACUCAACUAUUACUGCUUUGAUGGCAAAUGGCAUUACUGAUGGUUACAUUGAAGUGCUUAAUAUUGAAAGCUUUGCUGCAGAUACGGUGUGUUAUUUGUGUUAAUCAGAUUUCAAAGAAAUGCAAUGCAACUAUUGACAAUUUGGGCAUCUGGUUCUUAUGUAGGCCUAGCAGGUGGUGGAACUUCUUUUAGCCAUAUAAAAUGUCUAAUAAUAUUUGUAGGAUAACAUCGUUACUUUGGCACUGUGCAUAAUUUUAAUGUCAACCUACAUCUUGGGUGUCUGCGAGUGCGGCUGUUAUUUGUGGGUUACUGACUGGCCCUACUUGUCACUUUGUCGCAGCAGUGAACAUCUCACUCUAUUGAAUCAGUUUGAACUGUGACCAUUAAACUUCCAGAGUGUAAACUAGCAUUGAAAUGAUUCACUUUGCAAUAUGUUCAGCUCUUGUUGAGGUAUUGCAGAGUACUUCAUGAGUUUUCUACGGUGUGAGUGGCAAUAGUCAUCAGUGCACUUAGUUGCAGUAGCUUGUGAAGAUUCAUAAAAUUGAUUGCAAUAUGUGGUAACCGUAAACUGUGCAGUGAACUUGUCAUCUGCAUGUCAAAUUCUGCUGAAAGUACAGUGUUGUGAUAGUAAGAAACUGGGGAAUGAAAUCACUUUAACUGUAAUUGCAUCACAGAACUGUACACUGCAUACGAAUGCAUACACACGAGCACACGAUGUAGCACUCGGACCUUGUUGCUGCAACUGUAUAUCGUUAUAAGUGGAAUGCACUGUACGCAUGAGUACUGCUGCCUGACGUUUCUUUUCUUUUUUUUUUCAGUUCAAGGAGAGGCGAUAAACAUUAGAGAAUGUAGUGGGGGAACUUAUGCCCCCGUCGGACAGGCCAAUACGGUGUCACAUCAAGACAGUGCCGUUCGUUAGAAGUUGGGUCAUAUUCAAACAGCUAGGUGAACCCUUUUAUAGAAAUCGCUUCACACAUUUUGCUCUAUGUAAGUGGUUGCCCUCUACCACAGCGCUUCGAGGUAAAACAAAUGUGUGGAGUAAUAUCCAGAGAGUAUUUCCCUACUUUGCACAGGUCGCUGGCACCAAAAGAGAGCUGAGCAAUACCUUGAACGUUUAAGCAGGAGUAUGGAGCAUUGUGUAAAUAAAGAGGCCAGGUAUAAAAAGAUAUUCUUGCUAAGUAGCUUGCCCAUUCAUGUGCAGAUUUCUCACAGAAAAGAACAUUUUGCAGUCCACUUUUAUGUUUGAAUGCAGUUCUUGACUGCGUCAUCCAGAAUAAAUCUGCGAGGAUGCCCAGCAGGAAGUGCAGGUUUUUCCAAGAGGAACUGUGGAGUCAUUCGUAUCAUUACAGCAAAACAUGGUAUGCGCCAUGUUUCACCACGAUAGUGACUGGUAGCACCACUGUCUCUUUCACUGAUUUCGCUUCGACAAUAACUUUCUUUUUGUGGUACCAUAUCACUGCAAGUAGCACGCAGCUGAUUUUUAUACUGGAUGAAAUGGGAAAGUACUGCCUUUUGACGUAGUAAUAAUUGUAAUGCACUGUGGAUUGGCAGCCGGGCAAAAUUUUAACACAAAUGAGCCUGUGGUUUGAACGUAGCCCUCUUGCUUUGUCAUUGACACUUAAACUUGUCCACUUGUUCCGUGACACUUGCGCAUGAAUUUUAACAUCAGAGGAGACGAGAGUUUGACCUUGUUACCUUUUGCAAGUCCAAAAGUUGCUGCUUUAUUUUCCUAUGAUCCUUUUGCCGAAAUUUUAGCUGUGCAAUUUUAUUUGCUGCAGCUUCACCGCAUUGAUUGUGAGCAUAAAUUGAGAAAAAUUGUGUUCUCGCAGACAUGUCUUAUUUGCCUAAGUUGUGAGUUAUUUCUUCCAAAGAGCAAAGUCAUUGUUAUUUGCUCGUGCUUCUUGUUUAGCAGUAUUGAAUGUAAGCUAGUAGAUGCAAUGACAGCUUAGUGCAGCGCGUGUAUUAUAAAAAAAAUUCUCGCAGUGUUUUUGUAGCACCAGAAUCAGAUAAGCUGUGCAAUUUAAAAAGUUCUAAUAACCAUCAUUAACUGCAAAACAAAUAAGCAAAUGUGAUUUUCUUUCUCAAUUCGAGUACAUAAUUUACUUUAUGUUUGUAUUGGCUUGUUUUCUUUGCCACUGAGUCGUGGUGGUUCUUGUAUGCUUAAUUUGCAUGGUGUUAGAUGCCUAUGGCAGGAGGAAGUAAGAUUGAAUGUCACUUGAUUGCCUGUUAUUGCACUGUGUCCUUCGCACUUGCAUUUGUCAAGAUUUCAGUUUUUUUUUUUUUUUUAUCGCUCUCAAAAGAUUGAGCUGCAUGUUCCGCAAGAAAAGCUGAAAAUCCUUGACAUUUGGUGGCUGCAGCUAGUGAAACAGUACAGAACUUUGUUGGCCACGUAAGCUCAUGGCGGCCGCAAAUCUGAUUUCUAGGUCAAACAUGCUGUCCAUAGAGCCCGCGAACGAGCAGAGAGGCAUGGCCUCUCUGUUCCGACAUGGGACAAGCCAAUGGCUGGGUAGAGACCUACUUACCAGGUCCCCGCCUAGCUCCUCAGGGCCCCACUAAAGUUGUUUACUACUACUAAUAGGUCAACAUGCCAAGAUGACAGGAAUAUUCUGACUUUUUUGUCGAUUUGGUGGGCUAUAAGUUUAAUCUCGUAACACAUUAAUGAUGGCAAGGAGCUCCCCCACUAACAAGCAUCCUUUGGUAUUGCAUAACUGCUGUAACAUACAGCCACCACGGGGAAGUCCUUUCUCGAGGCACAUCGUUCAGUGUCUCUUUGAGUGUGUAUUUUGUUCCUUGCAUCCUGGUUGCUUUGUCCAGCUGCUUUGAGCCAGAGAGUUUCGCUGAAAUAUGUGAAGACACCAGUGUAAUGUUAUGUUCAGAUUCAGAAAGGGCAUGUUACUCGUGAAACCACAGCCAUUGAAAGCUGCUCUGGCUGGCUGAUUUUUUGGAAGUGAAAUGUGUGUGAGUGAAAAGUUAGUCCUUGUCAGGGGCGUAAGAAACCUUUUUUUAAGGGGGGGAGGGGGGGGGAGGAACGCUGGGCAGGGCCUGCAUACCAACGCAGAAAUUUUGGGGUGGGCAUGUGCCCAGUUUCUCACCCUGUGGCUACUGGUCCUUGCAGUACAUCACUCUUUGGACACUGCAGAGUAUGUAAUUAGUUCUUAGUGCAGCUUGAAAGCAUAACACUGAACUUAAAUAUCAAGUGGUGCUAAUUGUUUUUCCUUUGAUGUCAAAUGGCCGUUGCUUAUUGAGUGCUAUUUCUGUUGUUCAAAAAAACCAGGUCUUGCUUUUUCUCACAAAAGUUCACAUUGUUUUACUGUUGCAAUUCUUGGCAUCAAAGCCAGUGUCGAUAAAAAAACUGAACAAUAAUCAUAUGUCAUCUGUGCUGACAAAUUGCAAGCUGUAGCUGUGUACAAGAAGUUCAGUGAACAUGCUGGUGUAUUCUUGCUUGUCUUCUACAGUUCUAGCUUUGAGAUAUCUGCAUUCCUGUGAUGCUCAUUGUCUAAAUGUGUUAUUGAAAUGAAGCUAGUUCCUGCUUGGAGUUGGUGUGUCUUCAGAUAUUUCAGCAAGGCAUUCACGGCUCAGAGAGGCUCAAUGCAUUUGUACAUUUGCAGUGGGAUAAGUAGAUGUCUGCUGACCGAGUUAUGAGCAUAUGAAGCCUUUUUUGAGGAGCUAUGUGCAUAUGUUGUAGUGUGACAAAGGGUUUUGAGGUAUACUGCUUGUGUUGGCUUACCUUAAGGAUGUGAGGUCUGCACUGGAAAAUUAAAAAAAAAGUACUAGAGGUAUUUUGCGACAAAUAAAGUUUAUUUACAUGUA